UUGCUGCUGCGUUUACUUGAGUGAAGAUGGGUCAGAAUUUUGUCAAGUGCGUUAAAGCCGACGAAUCUAGCGAUAAUAGCAGUGUGUACCAACUACCUGCUCGAUCAAUCGACAACGCGAACGAGAAAGACGGAGGAAAGAAGAAGAAAAAGAAAAAUAGGUUUCUGAGAUGGAUAAAAGGCCGCAGAGGUCAGGCUGAGAGAGAGGAGCCGGAUACAGAAACACCUCCUGUGACCGCUGACAGAAGCGGCGAUGACGGACAUCAUCUCACUGUAAAGUUUCAGCCAAAGUCAAUCGAAGCAAUCAACAACGGGCUGUAUAAGAUUGGGAAGAAGCUGUGCGAAGGAGCAUUUGGUUCAAUCUAUAAAGGCACACAUUUGUGCAACGGCCAGAAGGUGGCAGUGAAAUAUGUCGACAAGGACAAGAACACAGAUUACAUCAGCAUCCCGGGUUAUUCUAAACCCAUUCCUCGAGAGAUCGCUCUUCUGAUUCUUGCCAAUGAGGGAGAUGAUGUUCCAGAGAUCGUUCAGCUGCUGGAGUGGCAGGACUCUGAGAAGUAUUACGUCAUGGUCCUGGACGUCUUCCCUCCCUGCAAAAAUUUGAGUGACUUCCUCUUGGAUGCAGGGAAUCAAAUCGCCGAGAAGACAGCGAAAUCUAUCAUGUGGCAGGCGACCAAGGCCGCGUACAUGAGCUACAAACGGGGAGUUUUCCACCGAGAUAUAAAACGGGAAAACUUCCUCAUCAACACAGACACCCUAGAAAUCAAACUCAUCAACUUUGAGUGCGGUGAUGUUUAUAAGACUUCGGCCUACAGGGACUUCAUGGGCACAGAGGAAUACUUCUGCCCAGAAUAUUUUAAAAUGGGCAUGUACCACGCAAAGUCCAUGAUGGUGUACUCUCUGGGUGUCCUGUUGUUCACCUUGUUUUGCCGGAGAUUCCCAGACUCCUUUGACAAGAACCAGAUGAAGAACAAGAUCUGGUCUAUACAUGGCUUCUCUAAAGAAUGCUGCAGUUUAAUUGAAGCCUGUCUGGAGGAGAACCCAAAAGAACGCAUUCUUCUGGGAAAGAUCCACGACCACGCUUGGUUUCAGGUACUGAAGAUCUGCUCACAUUUAUUUCACUGAUGUUAUUCUCAUUCACUGCACAAAUAUAUUCAGAUAAAACACCAACUUACUGUUCAUUUCAGGACGA